GUCUGUGCUGCUGGUGGACUGCAGGAAAACAACGGGGCUGAGUGGAACUGUGAGAGGAGGAGAAGAGAAGAAAGGAUCAGAUUUGACACAUCAAAGAGGAACACCAAUCUUCAAGGAACCAAAGAUGUCCAAACCAGCAAGACGACACCUCUGCUCCCAGUGUGGAAAGAGUUUUAACCAGUUAGGAAGCCUGAAAGCUCAUGAGCGAAUACACACAGGGGAGAAGCCUUACCACUGCUCCCAGUGUGGAACUAGGUUUACCAGAUUAGGAAGCCUGAAAAGACAUGAGAGGAUACACACAGGAGCGAAGCCACACCAUUGCGCCCAGUGUGGAAAGAGUUUUAACAAGUUAGGAAACAUGAAAUCUCACGAGCGAAUACACACAGGGGAGAAGCCUUACCACUGCUCCCAUUGUGGAAAAAGUUUUAGAGAGUCAGGAAACCUGAACGCUCAUAAGCGAAUACACACAGGGGAGAAGCCUUACCGCUGCUCCCACUGCGGAAAGCGUUUUAACCAUUCAGGAAAGCUGAAAGAACACAUGAGACUGCACACAGGGGAGAACCCUUGCAAAUGCUCAGACUGUGGGAAGACAUAUUACUCAUCACGGUCACUUAAACGUCAUGUGAGAAUCCACACGGGAGAAUAAUUACUUCUGGUGUGUAUAUUGAUAUUUCACAUCACGUUGACUUAAAAUUCAUCAGAGAACAUACACAGUGUUGACUGAGAAUGUGUUUACCUGUUGAAACCAGAUGAAAUUGAAUUGUACAAAGUAUUCUUAAACAUAUAUUUGUAUGUUUUUAUUAGAAAACAUGAAGUGAAUAUGGAGUCUGUCAGUUUGAAUAUAGAGUAAAUCAGAUUCCAUGUGUUUAAAUGGUCCUUUUUUAAACUCUGACUGUGUGUGUUUAUCUGGGUGUGUCAUUCCUCCAGCACUACAGAUAAUCAAGUGCUAUUUGGAUGUGAUGCAUUAGUUCCAUUGUUGACAUUUGCAUUAUAUUGUUGGCCCACUGAUGAUUUAAUGAAAUGAAAAUGUUCACAGACUCUGUAAUGGAAGAUGGUCAUUGUAAACUCAGCAAAAAAAAGAAACGUCCUCUCACUGUCAACUGCGUUUAUUUUAAAUAAACUUAAUGUGUA